AUGAACGACUCUACGGUUUUGUGCAUCGAAGUACUUCCCAACGAAGUAUGGCUCACACUAUUUUCUUACAUUCAUAUUGGCGACAUUACGCGUGCUUUUUUCCGACUCAACACUCGUCUGACUGGUCUUGUCUAUUCGCUGCUUGAAACCGUUCAUCAUUAUGAAAUGAACGAGCCUUACUAUGGCCAUCGUAUGAUUCGUCACACUCAUGCAACUCACGUCAGUAUUCGUGAUGGUCGUUCGUUUUUUUACCACCGUAUCAAUGCACAACAUCUCGUUUGGCUUUCUCUCGAUCGACCAUCUCAAAAACAUUUACAAUUUCUCCAAUCAACAUAUUUACCACGUCUCAAACAUUUGCACUUGAACGGAAUUGGUACGAUCAACAAUGAUGUAGCUCAAUUGUAUUACACUAUCUUCAGUUCAAAUCGUGCCAAUACUAGAUCACUUAUUUCAUGCUCAUUACCUUCGAUUUCUUCAUUCAAUUGGAAUUAUUUCAAUCAGCAAGGAUCGGGAAUAAACAAUACACUUCGUUCGUUGACACUCAUUGACGACUAUCACCUUCAGUCAUACAAACUCUUUCGAGCUGUACCAAAUCUAACUCAUCUGACUAUCAAACGAGCUGCGGCUCAGAACGAAUCGUUCAUUGAUAUUACUCGAAAAUUUGGCAUUCGACGUAAACAUGUCUUAAUACAUCCUGAGGAUGGUAAUAAAAUGAAGAAAGUGAAAUGUUGCCUCAUUCCGAAGAUGUUUAUCGGCUGGUUACCUUGUCUUCGUCGAUUGAAAUUCGAAUUCGAAUUAGAUCAUGACAUGUGGAUGUUUCGAAGUACAAUUGUUGUUCGAAUUAGCUGGAAACGAAACUCUUCUUAUUUAGCCAAAAUCUAUCGUCUUGUUUGA